GAUUUUUAAAAUAAAAUACUGUAAUAUAUUUAAGUCAUAAAUUUCCCUGCCUUGCUGCCAGCUAUCCCUUUCAUCUCCUCCUUUAAAACCUUAUGUCAUCACACGAAAGGUGCUGCUGAUGAGGUUUUUGUUUAAUGUUUAGUUCGCCAAUCAAUUCCUAAGUUAUUUUAACACCCCACCUGUAAUCAUACAGUCAUGUUCAGUUAUUUUUUUAAUAUACCAAACCUGGAGAUUAUAAAUUUGAACUGAUAUUUCUUUGCAGGUUACUAUGCUCGUGUCAAAGGGAUGCGGAUGCUGCUGGACCAGUUUCUUUCACAGACCAGAUGUAAUUGUCAGGUUAUCAAUCUUGGAGCUGGCUUUGAUUCUCUCUUUUGGCUCUUAAAGGAGGAGAGCUUAGCACCAAAGCUGUUUGUUGAGAUAGAUUUUGGAAAUGUGACCAGCAGAAAGUGCUACAGCAUAAGGGCCAGGAGGAAACUCCAAGAGGUAUUUUCUCAAGAUGAUGGACUGAACAUUGAUGGAAAUGAAGCUCACUCUAAACACUACCAUCUGUUGGCUGUCGACCUGAGGGAAAUAGGUGCACUUGAAAGUAAAUUAGAAGAAAUUGGAGUUGAUAAAAGGUAA